GGCGCCCCGAGCACUUCUACAGUGCUUGAUGAUUACUUUCAUGGCGACAUUUCCAUGGUCAUAUUCGUUGUGCUGAAACAUAGACAUUUUAUUUGAUAACAAUUUAUUUUGAUGAAUCAUUUUGUGUUAGCAUGUUAUAGUCUGUGCAAAGAGGGAUCAUGUAAUUAGGUCUACUUGUGGUCUACAAGUCCAACUACAACUUUUAGAUUUUUUGUUCGGAGCCUAUUUGUUUCAUAUGUAUUUUGAAGAUGGAGGAGCUGGUCAAGAAAAUGCGUUUGAGAGAGUGGCUGAUAGCGCAGAUAGACAGCGGAAAGUAUGCAGGACUUACCUGGGAGAACGAAGACAAAACUAUGUUCAGGAUCCCAUGGAAACACGCGGCAAAACAGGACUAUAGUCUGAACGAAGAUGCAGCACUCUUCAAGGCGUGGGCAGUGUAUAAGGGGAAGUAUCGGGAGGGGAGGGACAAGGCAGAUCCCACCACCUGGAAGACUCGUCUCCGCUGUGCCUUCAACAAGAGCACAGACUUCAAAGAAGUCCCAGAGCGCAGCCAGUUAGAUGUAUCCGAGCCCUACAAGGUCUACCACAUCCAGGCAGAGCCAGAGACAGGCAGAGACUCAGAAUCUCCUCAGCCUGAGAGUCAGGUGAUCAUCCAGACCAGCCGCUCCAGUGUUCCACUGAGGAACAUUGUCACACACCAUCCACAGUUUGGCUGCAAUAGUGAAUCAGAGGCCAGGGAUGGAAGAGUCAACUCCAGAGAGGGCUUGGCAGGGGACCAUGUGUACUACUGGUCCAACACAGGGAAUCCUCAGAGGGAUGGCUCUGCUCCUCUAUCCAUAGUCGUCCCUACACCACAGAUCUCUGAAUUGCGUAUGCGGGUGUGUCUGUUCUAUCAGGGCCAGCUAGUAGUGGAUGUGACCACCAGCACCCCAGACGGCUGUUUCCUCCUGCAGGGUCAGGUGCCCCUGGGGAAUGAGAGGAUCUAUGGACCCUGCACAGCCCAACAGGUCCCCUUCCCCCCUCCAGGGGUCAUCCAUCUUCCCCCGGGCAUCGCUGAGGCCAUGGGCCGCCUGCUGCCCCAUCUGGAGAGGGGCGUCCUGGUGUGGGUGGCUCCAGACGGGGUGUUUAUCAAGAGGUUCUGCCAGGGCAGGGUGUACUGGAGUGGCCCCCUGGCCCAACACACAGACAGGCCCAACAAACUGGACAGGGAGAGGACCUGCAAGCUGCUGGACACAGCUAUAUUUCUGAAGGAGCUCCAGGACUAUAUCCAGGGGGCGGGACCCAAACCUCGCUAUGAGAUUGACCUCUGCUUUGGUGAGGAGUUCCCUGACGCCCGCCAACUGAAAACCAGGAAACUGAUCAUUGCACAGGUGGUGCCCCUGUUUGCUGUCAACCUACUGCAUAGUUGCCUGAGGAUGGGGACAGAGGGGAGACCACGCCUUCACACACACAAGACCAUGGGGGAAGAGGGAGAGGGUCAGCCACACCCCCUGCCCCAGCGGACACCCCUCUGAGUAACCCCUGGGGAACAUCACCAGUCCCCCCUGGUGGCCCCUCCUGUCCCAGCUUAGCCAGCCAUGAUGAGGGGUGAGUGGAGGCUCAAGACACAGUCAGUGUAGGUUUACUGUAUGCCCCGUGGAAAGCAACAUAUACCUCAACCUUAAGAGAGCAGAGAACAAUAUGAUACGACACAGGUAGGAGCAAGUAUGCUUGGAACAGAUAUUUCUCACAUAGUUUUCUUAAAUCGAUAAUCUGCAGUUGCUACAUCUAUUAAAAAAAUCUAGAAAAAAGUAGGAUAUGUACCAAACGAUUAUAUAAUAAUAAAACUUAUAAAUGUCUCAUGAGGUUAGUUAAAAAAAAAAAGCUUGUUUAACUCCAAUGUUUGUAAACAAAGUAAAUGUAAACAAACAAUGUAUAGCCUCAAAACAUGCUUAUACCUAUAAUUUUGAUAUCAUGAAUGGUCCGUCCUCACAUCCAGCCCUGUAAUCUACAGAGAAAGUCCUAAUUUUGCCAGUAAAUGUUUGACAUCUUUUGUCAUUAUGUUUUCUCAA